CUUUCUUUUCUGGUCUGUCUCUCUCUAACUUUUUCUGCCUGCCUGCCUGCCUGCCUGCCUGCCUCGCCCUCAUCUGCCACGGUGGCUUUCCUUCUCUUCCCCAAAACAGAGUCUUGUAGCGCACAUUGUGUAGGUAUCCGUACGAGUACAUGUUGUGGUCCACACCACGAACACGAGAUCUUACUAUUCUUCACCCGGCGAUCGCUCGUUGCACCUGGUGCCGAUGCUUCGAGCAAGAACGAACGCAGCCUCAUAUUCUGCAUCAAGUCGUUUGAUCAAGCAGGUCGACAAGCCAUCCUCCGCGAGCAGCUCAAGAAGUAA